ACACGCUCCUCCGCCAAAGUCUCUCGUCUCGGCUAUAUAAUAUCGAGCUCUACUUUAGUUUAGCGCACCGUUCUAUAAGCAGGAACAACGGGCAUGUGCUAGCGAAAAGGCUUCCUAUUCUUCCCCCCCUUCCAUACUCCUCCUCCUCCUCUUCUUCCCUCUCUCACUCUGCUGCUCGGCAUCGAUCGAUCGCCAUGGCUGUCUUGCUCCCCGCCCUCUCCUCCUGCCUCCUGCUGCUCCUGGCCUCCUCCAUCGCGUCCGCCUGCGAGAGGUGCGUGCGUCAGGGCAAGGCUGCCUACUCGCCCUCGCCCUCCACCCAGCUCCCUGCCGGUGGCGGAGUCUGCGGGUACGGGGCCAUGGCCAUGGAGAUCAAUGGGGGAUUCCUCGCCGCUGGGGGUCCGAGGCAGCACAGAGCAGGGCUUGGCUGUGGAAGAUGCUUUCAGAUGAGAUGCAGAGAUGCAAAGGUGUGCAGCAGUAGGGGCGUCCGGGUUGUGCUCACCGACUUCCACAGGAGCAAUCGUACAGAUUUCCUGCUAGGUGGUCCGGCAUUUGUGAGCCUUGCUAAGCCCGGGAUGGCCCAGCAGCUGAGGACGCUGGACGCUCUGUCCAUAGACUACAAAAGAAUUCCUUGUGACUACAAUGACAAGAACCUGUCCAUAUUAGUGGAAGAACAGAGCAAGAAGCCAAGCAAAUUGGUCAUCAAGUUCCUUUACCAAGGUGGUCAAACUGAUAUCUUAGCGGUGGAUGUUGCUCAGGUGGGGUCGUCGGACUGGCGGUUCAUGAGCCGGGUUCAUGGGCCCGUUUGGAGCACCGACCGAGCCCCCACCGGGCCGCUGCAGUUCCGGGCGGUGGUGACUGGUGGGUACGACGGCAAGUGGGUGUGGGCUGAUAAAGAGGUCCUCCCGGCUGACUGGCAGCCUGGCCAGGUCUAUGACACCGGUGCCCGGAUCGCUGACGUGGCGAGGGAGAGCUGCAUUGGCUGUGCCAGGCCGGACUGGGAAAUGAAAGUGGCUUAAGAUAAUAAGCAGACUCUUGUUGUUAGACCUGACGACGUAUCUGGCACUGCAAUGACCUUGAGAUGCAGUUACCACACGGUACCACACCAAGUCAUUAGAGGGCGUGAGAGGACAGUGGUGGGGUUGGAAAAAGGGCGCCCCUCUUUGCUGUCAAGAAAAUGAUGGGGGGUGGGGGAAGAUAGCUGUGAUCAGCCUUCCCUGGCCCUUGAUUUGGUUUCUUCCUAUAUGCAUGCAUGUACAGGUUCGUUGAACCAUGCUUGCAUAUAAGAGAUGUAAUUAAAACGAAUGUAGCUAGCUAGCUAUCUAGCUUCCGCCCCAGCUAAUUGAUAGAAUAAUUAGUGAACAUAUUGCAAUGUUCUUCCUUUGCAUGUGUGUAUGUUUGUCUCGUGGUAUUUCAACUUUCACA